CUCAGCUCGAAGCAAACAGAGGUGAAGGGAGCCAGGUGAGUCAGGACAGCACAGGCAACCAUAGAAUGAUCGAGAUCUGAUCAAUAUGUGUGUGUCUGUGGCGUGCAGCAUCGCGUUGGAUCUGUGAGGAUGUCAUUGUCUGUGAGCAGUCUGUCGGGCCGUGUGGUGGGUCUGUUUGAGGGCCGCAAUGUCUUCACCGAUGGCAGUGGGCUGUACAUCCUGGUGCAGCAGGGGGACGGCGGCCCUCUCGGCGGCGACAGAGAGCGGCGGUUUAUCCGCAAGACCGACUAUGGGCUGAUCAGGCUGUUUGACGAUGUCAACCUGGACCUACGGCAGCUGGCCAGCAGGUAUCUCACACACCGUGAUGGAUGCACUGAAUGGCGGCAUAGGCAGACAUUUGUGUGCCCUCUGCUGUGUGUGUGUCCUUUCGUUGAUCAGUGUGGGUGUGGCCAAUGGCGGCGGCGCCACACUGCGUCAGCGGCAGGAGGGAUCGUCGUCAGCCCCCAACAGCAACGGCGAUGGCUUCAGUGUGAGCCCGUUAGGUAAUCGGUAUCGCAUCGUCACGGAGGGCACCGGGAGAGUGCCGACACUCAACGACCGCGUCAAGGUUGACGACAUCUGGUGGCGGGAUGCAUUCGACAGCCAGAACAAUGCCUUCUUCGAUCGCCGUGGGAAGGUGUGGCUUGCGUCUGAUUGGGUUGGGUGCCUCCGUGAGGCGAUGCUGUCGAUGAGGGAGGGGGAGACGAGGCAAGUCAUCAUACCAGCCGACGACAGAUAUUAUCCCCGCUACGUUCAGCUGCGUUUGGUCAGCAUAGAGUAGGGGAGUGCCCACACACACAGACGGGGGGCGGCUGUGUGUGUCACACACUCAUGUAUGUGGCCG